CAAUAAACGACACCACCCAACACCUCACGUUGGUUGCACGCCCCACCCUCACAUACCACACACGCACAAACGAGAAACAAACAAACAACAAACACACCAACAAAGCAAAGCCAACUAACAGGCACACGCACGCGCUGUGUGUUUUGCUCCUCCUCCUCCUCGUUGUCUCACAGCUGCACCGGCAACACAACCCCUCCACUCCCAAGCUGUCCUCCACUUGACGCAGUGGCAGCAGCACCGAGACACGACACAAAGAGGCACGGCGUGAACGUGUGACCAUCUCACAUGGAAGCACGAAGAAGGAAGAUGAACAGGUGUCGCCGUGUUUGCGCGGGCACGCUGGCUGCUGUCGUGUUGAUGCUGAUUUCUUCAAUUGGAGUUCUUCCCGCCAAUUCGGCAGCCUCAACACCAGAAAGCUUAACACACGUCAAUGCUGCUCACGACAGGAAUCGGCGGGUCCUUGAGCUGCCGACCCUUUCCGGCCUCGGUGCCAGUUGGACAAACCUCGCUGGGUCACCUUUCAUCUUGUUGUCCUGGGGCACGCUGCCAGAAAACGUCAUCAUCACGGGCUUUGUGGUGCACGUGCAACCGCUGGCACCGCAGCCAACCACCUGGGCAUACGGCCAGGCAACCUUCGACGUCGCGGUUUUGAAUGCGGACACUGAUACGAGCGACUACGCGCUGCCAAGCGCGCUGACGGUGCCUUUUGUCUCCCACAACAUCGCCGUGGCUAUCAAUACGACACUGGGCAUGGGACCAGACGCCACCAUCCAGGUUAACCCAGCGUUCACCGUCCCCAGCGGGCAGCCGCGCUCCGUCGGUGUUGCACUGCCACCCGAGGACCCAACAACAUACCCGCAAGCCUCCGACGCCCUCCUUGUGUCGUGGACAGUGCCAGCAGAUCUGUGGUUCAGCGCCACGCCCAUCCGCGCCUUCGACAUCACGGCAACACCAACAGUGUCUGGGUCUGGGCCAAUUGUGAGUGCGCAGGUGCAGGUCACUUGGGCGUUGGAGACCAGUGGUGACGAGGAGGUGUUUGAACACGUCAUCACGGCGCUGCAGCCCGCCACGACGUACAAGGUGCGGGUGUAUGCUGUGGGGUUGGAGGGCGCCCGCAGCAUCUCCUCCGCAGCCAAGUUGGGCACCACGCGCGAAGACGUUCCUGACGCCGCACCGACCGGUCUCACAAUCAACAGCGUGUCCACGAGCACGAUGGAGCUGUCAUGGAACGAGAUGGACGUAUCAACACCAGGCAGCAACGGCGAGAUUAUCGGCUACAGUAUCCAUGAGACGGUGGUGGGCGAUGGCUGUGAGACAAACACCUGCGCACCCGCCGGACCGUGUCAGGAGACACCCACUUGCUCGUUUGGCGAAUGCAUGUACACGGACAAGCCAAACUACGCGGCGUGCGAUGACGGCGACAGCAGCACCAUCCAUGACCGUUGCAUUGACGGUGUUUGUGUUGGGAGGGGGGUUGGCGUGCACGUGACCGAGCAGCCCGUUGCGCGGCAGACCAGCAUUGCUCCCUUCUCCACGAUGGGUGGGGGCGGAUUCAUGCCGCACCUCAACGAGUUCUGGCUGUUGGAUGGCUUGAAGGCAGACAAGAUUCAUCGCUUUGCGCGUGACGGUGCACACAGGGGCGAGAUUGCGCUGACAAACACGUCGCUGUCGUGGCCGCGACAGCUGUGGGGUGAGUUUGACACGGCUGAGUUCUUCACGGCUGAGCCCGAUGCCGGUGCAUUCGUGCGGCGAGGGCCGUAUCCAUCGUUGGAGGAGGCGUGGAGGAUAAGCGGCGUUGCGGUUCGCGGCAUCGCAGCAGACGACACCAACGUGUACUACAUGAAGGCCAACAGCACUCAAGUUGUUGUGAUGCGCAAGGCCGAUAAGCUUGUAUUGGGAAUUAUCUUUCUCUCGGGCGGCAUCGUGAGCGACGUGGCAACCUUCUACAGCCAACUCAACUCGGGUCUCCUCGCCGUCGUCCGUGACAAGCUCUAUCUUGCGUCGGGGAGAGCCCUGUAUCGAUACAACCUCGCUGAUGGCGUGUUUGACGGCUUCAUCCUGCGCACAGACGUGAACACGCUCAUCCCUUCCGUGUCGUUUACCGGUCGUGACAUUUGUGUCACGUCUGACUUUGACGCAAAUAUCUUCUGCUAUCAGGUCAUCUCGCACAACAUCUGGACAGCAGAUGAAACGCCGCACCUCUUGGACAUCGUGGAUGCCUCCACCACUCACACCUUGCAAGCACGGACAAGUGUUGUUGGCGGCGGCUUCAACCCGUGGGCAAACGAAUUCUGGUAUCCUGGGUACUGCGGAACAACCGUACAACGCAUGAACGUUCAUGGGGAUGUUCUUGGAUCCUUCACGCCAGUUGCCUUUGCGGGCUGUGUUGUGCAGCUGUGGAGCGACUUUGCGUCAGAGACCUACUACCUUGCGUCAAACACGCAGAUUCUCAAGGCGACGUGGCCGGAUCACGAGCUUGUGUGGUCCUACGCGAUGCCAAGUGGUGUUGGUGGCGUCACAGCUGACGGCGCGAGCGUGUAUGCCAUGGGCGUGGCUGGAGACAUCGUGUACGUCCUGAGCGCAGUCGAUGGCUCGCUGCAACAAACCCUACAGCUGAGUGGUGCUGGUGGAGACGCAUUUGGAUUUCUUCUCGGUGGUCUUGUGGCCAUCAACGGCAAGCUCUAUCGUGGUGAUGCUCUCGACAACACAUUCUACAGGUAUGACCUGAGUUCGGGCGCUUACGACAACCUCAAGUUUACCGUGCCCCACCCCAUCUACACCACCUCGUUCCAAGGACGGGACAUUUGCGUGAGCAGCGGCAACAGCACCACCGUACACUGCUACCCGAUUCUGAGCGACAACGUGUACUUUCCGUCAGCAUUUGGAUCGCCUUCUCUCGUUGUCGGCUCUGCCAUCCUGGACGACAGUAACAACAAGGCGCUCUCGGCGCUGCUUCCAAACCGCUAUUUCCACCGCUGCUACUCUGGAAGUGCUCACGGAUUCAGCGCUGCAACAUUCCACGCGCAGUGUGACGACAAGGGUGUGACGCUUGUCGUAGCCAGGCACACCAGGACAGGUCGCGUGUUUGGCGGGUUCACGUCACUGUCGUGGAGCGCGAGUGGCGAUACGUACCAGCUUGAUCCAUACGCGUUUCUCUUCACCAUUGUCAACGGCAGCGCAUACCGAACAGACACGCAGUUGCAGGAAGGCACCGCCGCAAUUCGCACGGAGUCGUCGUUGUGCCCUUCGUUUGGGGACGAUUUGGUGCUGGGCGCAGACUGCCAAACAGGGACAGCAACCGUGGACUCUUUCAGCAUCACCACGGGCGCAUACACAAACACGUGGCUUGCUGGCGACAGCAACAUUUCCCUGAGCAACAUUGAGGUGUUUUACCAGACGGCAGAUGCGUUUGAUCUCUGUGACAACGUGCAAUGCGCCGAGUUGGAAUGCGCUGCCGAGAACACCUGCCUAUUUGGCGUCUGCACCCCAGUGGACGAGCCCGACGGGCUGCCGUGCGACGACAGCGACAGCACGACCGCAUUUGACGCGUGUGUGAGCGGCAAGUGCGUUGGUGCUGCGCAUCACUCCACUUCACCAUCGUACACGCUGGCGAACCUGCGUGCGGGGUACGCGUACACUGUGCAGGUGAAGGCACACACGGCAAUAGGCAGCGGACCUCCAAGCAGCAGCGUUGCCGCUGUUGCCACCACGACCACCACGCCCGUGCCGACGACCACCACUGCGCCCAAGAAGUCCAAGUGCAGCUGCCCAAGCGAAGUCCUUAACGGGGUGACGUGGCCCGCGGUUGUUGGCUGCAACGCGGUGUCGAGUGUGCAGUGUCCAUCAACCUCCCGCCCGCUUGUUGCGACGCGCACAUGCACGAAGCUGAAUGUGCUUGGAGCCGUCAACAGCACCGCGUGCAGGAACGACCGCCUGUUGGAGCUGGCGACGGAGGCGUUGAGCCCGACGAACGUUGCGCAGGUGGCAACGAGCCUGAGCCAGGAGACGACAACAACAGAGUUUAUGGGCGCUGAGGAUGUCAAGGCGGUUGUGAACGUGAUUGGGUCUGUGAGCCGCGUGCUGAACGCGUCGCUCUCCGAGGAGAGCGUGAGGAACAUCACCACGAGUCUGACAUCGACAAUCAGCAACAUGCUUGCUGCGCCGAGUGCAGCCCUCAAAUCUGCUGAAGCCAACAUCACCAGUAGCGGCUCGUCUGCGUCGCUACCGUCUGCGUUUGCAACGGCGCUGGGCAGCAUUUCCCGCGCGCUGCCGGCCAACUCAUCUUUUAUCAUUGAGCAGCAGAAUGUGAAGGUCGCUGCGUUCAACUACGGCACGAGCCAAUCGCGUGUCGUGUUUCCACCAACCGUGGACAGCGCCGACAGCUACUGGGACGAUGACGACAGCACUGCCAGUGGCAGCGGCAGCGGCAGCACAGAGUCACGCCUUGAACUGUCCCCUGCAACGCCGACGUCGUACUUCAGCUUUGCUGUCUACGCGUCGCCACGCCUGUUUCUGAGCGAGGAAACGGUCGAAGAGGAGACGGCGGAGUUGCAGCAGAAGCGGCGGGACAAGGGCUUGCCGUUCAUCUCCUCUCAAGUCAUCCUGGCCCAGGCAGACUCGGACACGCACCAGCCCUUUAACGGCACAAUUCGUUUCCGUGUGAACAAGACCGAGGCACCAGCAGAGGGCGACGAUGAUGCGUGCGUGUUUUGGCAGUUUGAUGGAGACGACACCUCGUCUGGGUCAUGGCAGGGCACUGGCUGUGCGCGCACCAACACCACGGGACUGCCGCCCUCGGUUGUUGAGUGCGAGUGCACGCAUCUGACCAACUUUGCCACACUGACGUCGCCAAAACCGCUUUCGAGCACGAACAAGCUCGCUCUGGACAUUAUCACGAUUGGCGGCGUGGUGGUGUCUGUUCCGUCAAUGCUGCUGACCGUUGCGGUGUUUGCCUGGUACCGCAAGCUGCGCACCAUUGGGCGCAUUAUCACUAUGCACCUCUGCAUCAACCUGUCGACAGCACUGCUACUGCUGGUGCUGGGAACCGGUGGCGGACAGGGCAAAUCGCAGUGCACAGCCGUGGCGGCGUCGUUGCACUACUUCCUGCUCACCUCGUUCACCUGGAUGCUGAUUGAGGGCAUUCACCUCUACAAGACCUUUGUUGUCGUCUUUGACAACGGCAAGACGGAUGCGGCCAAGCACGCCAGCUACGCCGCCAUCGCUUACGGUGUACCCGCCCUCAUUGUGGCCUGCAGCGGCGGCGCACUUGGCGCAGAUGAGUAUGUCAACUACGACGUGUGCUGGCUCAAGUGGAGCAGCGGCGCCAUCUGGGCGUUUAUUGCUCCGCUGGUGGUUGUCGUUUUCCUCAACAUUGUCUUCUUCGUGCGGAUUCUGCGAUCGGUCUUGGGCGUCGGCAUGACCAACAGCGACAGCAGGAAGCGUGCUAUGCUCAUUCGAAGUGCCAAAGUCAGUGCCAGCUUCUUCUGCGUCAUGGGCAUUACUUGGGUCUUUGGAGUCGUGGCCAUCUCAGGGAGUUUGGAGACGCAGUAUCUGUUUGCAAUCCUCAACGCUUUCCAGGGCUUGUUCAUCUUUGUGUUCCACUGCGUGCGGGACAAGACGGUGCAAGCCACGGUGAGAGGCAAGCGCGAGCAGUUCCACAGCCACAUGACGCGCGCAUCCAAGAAGUUGCCGUCGUCCAUGAAGACGACACAGGAGCUCAACUGGCGCUCGGGACGCAACGGCACCAUGCCCCACACUUCGUCCCUCAUCAGUGUGCAGGAGAUGAACGAGAUUCCGUCGUCUAUGGCAUCAACGCAAGUAGAAGAGUUCCCUUCAUCCAUUGCGUCCCGCAGCCCAACCAGCGAGCGCGAGGAGCUAGUCGUGGAGAACGCGAGCCAGGCCAGCGACCUCUCACGGCGGGAAUCGCGCGAGUUUGUAGAGGCUGUGUUUGGCAAGAAUUCCGUCAAGUAGACGGGAUGGACGGAGUAAGUGGAAGGAAGGGGGAUUGGGCAUGAGCUAUGUACCGAGUGGGAGCGUUGCUUUGUCUCUUUGUUUUUGACACACCGCGCGCGAUGCAUGUUGUUGUGUUGCUUUUGAUGAUGAGCGGAUGGCGGCUUGCAAUUGCUUGUGUGAAUAGUGGUGGUCUGGUGGUGUGUGUGCUUGCGUGUGUGCUUGCGUGCGUGUGUGUGUGUGUGUGUGUGUGUGUGUGUGUGUGUGUGUGUGUGUGUGUGUGUGGAGAGAGAGAGAGAGAGAGAGAGAGA